AUGACCUCCAAAAUACCCCUAGCCCACCACCUCUUCACCCGCCUCCACCAACUCAACUGCCACAGCAUCCACGGCGUGCCCGGCGACUUCAUGCUCCGCGCCCUCGACGCCCUCCCCCUCGCCUCCAUCCGCUGGAUCGGCAACGCCAACGAGCUCUGUGCCGGCUACGCAGCGGAUGGAUAUGCUCGCGCCGCCUUCAUGGCCCGCGAAAUUCAUCCUUUGAUAUCGCGGGUCAGGAUCCCUCGUGUCGGCGCGUUGUUUACGACAUACGGCGUCGGAGAACUAUCAGCGCUCAACGCAGUGGCCGGGGCGUAUUCCGAGAGCGUACCUCUAGUCCACUUCGUAGGCACGCCGAGUCGGAAACAAUGGCGGGAGAAGCCAGUGAUUCACCACGGUCUCGGGGACAGUCGGUUAGAAUUAUGGGCCGAGAUGGCAAAGAGCGUUACGUGUGCGCAAGCGGACUUGCGGUGUGAAGAUCCCGAUGAGGCGGUGGAGAGGUAUGAUGGUGUGUUGAGGGAGUGUGUGAGGAUGAGUCGGCCGGUGUAUGUUAACUUGCCGGUGGAUAUGGUGGGGAGGGAGGUUGAUGCGAAGGCGUUGGAGCGGGCGUUGAUAGGGGAUAAGGUAGUGGGGAGUGAGAGUGAGAGUGCGGUGGUUGAGAGGGUUGUGGAUGAGGUUGUGGGGCGGGUGAGGAGUGCUGUGAGGCCGUUGGUGAUUGCUGAUGGGUUGUCGUACCCGUUUGAUUUUGCGACGGAGAUUAAUGAGGUGGUGAGAUUAACGCAGGUACCCGCCAUGUGCCCCAAUGCUGGUAAGGGCAUCGUUGACGAGUCGCUGCCAUCGUGGCAAGGAGCUCUCGCGAGCCCGACCGAGUACAGCACUUCUGCCGAUCUCGUGCUUCUGUUCGGAGCGCUGCUUAGUGAUACAAACACAGCUGCAUGGAGUCUGGUACCAGAUGCCGAGAAAUGUGUAACGUUCGGUCGAAGCGAUGUGAUUGUGUGCGGGCAGCGGUACGACGUCGACGGCGCACAAGUGCUGCAGAAGCUGGCGAAGAAGCUGAAAGCAGAAGCUCAUUCGAAGAGUGGCGCACUAGCAGCUCACCCAGUGAGGAAGGACGCAGUCGUCGUCCCCUCCUCAUCGUCGCCCAUCAGCCAAGACGGCCUCUGGCACCGCCUCUCAACCUACCUCAAACCCCACGACACCGUCCUCCUCGCCAACGGCACACCGCUGAUCGGUGGCCGCGCCAUGCGUCUCCCUCAUCCAGUCCAAGUGAUAGCCUCCGGAAUCUGGUGUUCGAUCGGAUCAAUGCUCCCCUGCGCCCAAGGCGUGGCCGCAGCCAAGCAAGACCACGCCAUACCGGGCCGUACCAUCCUGCUCGAAGGCGAUGGAAGCUUUCAGGUAACGUGCCAGUCCAUCUCCGCCAUUAUCCGGUACAAGCUUGACGUAACGAUCCUUAUUGCGAAUAAUGCGGGUUAUGCGUAUGAGCGGUGGUUGAAUGGGAUGGAAGCCGAGUACAACGAUGUGCCGAAUUGA